AUGUCCUCCAAGAAGAUCAUCACUGUUUUAGGCGCCACAGGCAACCAAGGUGGUUCUGUCAUCACAGCUCUUCUUGCUCAUCCCGAGAUCGCCUCUCAGUACUCGAUCCGUGGUAUCACGCGCGACACUACGAAGCCCUCAGCCCAAAAACUCCUGGCUAAGGGAGUGGAGCCCGUCAAAGCCGAUCUCAAUGACCCUUCGUCCCUUCAAGCCGCAUUUCAAGGUGCCUUCGCCGCUUUUGCCGUCACCAACUACUGGGAGACAAUGUCCAAGUCGACGGAGAUCACCCAAGGAAAGAACAUUGUCGACGCCGCCAUCGCUACCGGAGUCAAACACCUCAUCCUCUCUUCACUCCCCAACGUCACGGCCCUAACAAACGGUGCUCUCACCAACGUCGAGCAUUUUGAUUCCAAAGCCGAAGUCUCUGAUUACGCGGAGACCCAGAAGAAGAAGACGGGCAUGUGGGUCACACACUUCAUGCCUGGGUAUUUUAUGCAGAACCUCAAGAGCACCAUCAACAAGGAUCCGGCCACUGGCGCUUCCAUGAUGACACUCCCUUGGGACGCUACUAGUACACAAAUCCCACUCAUCGACAUCGUUUCCGAUGCUGGCAAGUACGUUGCUGGUGCCCUGGUCCUCGGGGCUGGUGCCGAUGGUGCUAGAAUCCAAGCUGUUUCGCAAUGGGUCACUCCAAACGAAGUGGCUGCCACUGUAUCCAAGGUCACUGGCGACAAUGUGACCUUUAUGGAGGUACCCAGAGACGUAUGGGAGGGGUACCUACCGCUUCCUCCUCUUGUCAAGACUGAACUUGGAGAGAACAUGACCUUGAUCAAGGACUACAGCUACUAUGGAAACGACGCUCCUGCCAAGCAGCAUGAGUACAGCAAAUACGUUGAGGCUGUAUCUGGCCAGAGCUUGACUAGCUUCGAGGAUUUCGUCAAGGCAGGGUUCUAA